AUGAACGUCCUGACCGUCUCCGACCUGAACGACGAGCACGCGCCGCUGCUGCGCACGGGCGCAGACGACGUCGAGGAGUUUCUGCUCGCGACGUUUGCAGACAUUGAGCUCUACGCUGCUGUCUCUUCUGCCUCUUCUGCUGCUUCUAGUGACCCCAUCAGCGACGACGACGUCGACAGAGACGCGUCGACGCUGCCGCACAACGGAUCAAGUGGCACUUUGUUCGUGACCACAAGUCGCGUGGUGUGGAUCGGCGCAGCAGUGGGACCGCGCGUGGGUUACGCGUGGGAAAUGGCGUCCGUGACGCUCCACGCCAUCUCGAGGGACCCGGCGGCGUUCCCGACGCCCUGUGUGUACUGCCAGAUGAGCAGUCAGGACGUGUCGGAAGUGCACUUUGUACCGGCGGACGACCACACGUUGCAAGAGGUGUUUCGUGCCUUGUGCAAGUCAGCCGAGAUGAAUCCGGACGAGGACGAGGACAACGAAGACGACGGAUGGAUUUGUGACGAGGAGGAAGUGGCGGACGGAGCGAGAGCUGCUCAGUUGGCUGCACACUUUGACUCGAUGCUGCAAGUGCCGCCUGAGCUUGAGCACUGCGGCACGGAAUUGGGGCAGUUUGACGACGCCAUCGAGGAGAGUCUGCUGUAG